UGUCCUCUGUUGGACAACCAAAACUUGCACUGCGUUAAAUACUACUUAAGUCAAUCAACGGCAAAAUAACACCUGAAUCAAACUUCUUCUUUGUCAAUAUGAUUUAACAACACACUAACUAAACAUAUAUGAUUGCAUUGUAAUCAUGGAGUGAAACAAACACUCAUUAAACGGGUUUAUUAACCCCUCAUUGAGCGAACACGAACUCCGCGCUAGUUCUGUCGAAUGAGCCGGAAAGUAGCUCGUAGAAGGCAGCUCGGAGCGCUAAUGUUUAGCCUUAAUCACAGGAGUUGCGUACUUUCCCGCGACCUUUCAGAUGGCUGUACGGUGGCUAUGCAGCCUGUUUGGGAAGCCCUUUGAUGGUGGGAAGAGGAUGGACCAUGGCGGCCCACAACAUCAGCAACAACAGCAUCCGAUGGAGCAGCAGCAGCAGGCCUACCAUCAGCAGCAUCCCGCCAUGAUGCGGCUCUACGAGGUCCACAAGGAGGGGACGUCUCUGGGGCCCCAGGUGUGCACCUUCAGCGGCCUGCCGGACGACCGCGACUACAAGCGUCUGGAGCGCGAGCUGACGCGGCUGCUGCUGGAGGUGGACCAGGUGGACACGGAGGGCAAGCCGGACCUGCAGGGGGCUCGGAAGAGAGCGGCGCAGGAGGUGGAGGGCCUCCUGCGCUACCUGGAGGAGAACGCCAGGCACCCGUCCCGCGGCGCCAUCGAGGAGCUGAGCAACGAGGCGCGGCAGCUGGUGGACGACCGCGUGGUGGCGCCCCAGCGGUCCGGAGGGGUGGCCGAAAUAAACGACGAGCUGGUGGACGCCCUGCAGGUGAUCAUACUGAGGCUCACCCAGGUCAAGACGGAGGGGAGGGUGCCGCUCCGCAAGGCGCGCUACCGGGCCCUGACCCGUUUGUGCGCCGUCCAGGACGUGAUCGAGGGGCGAACGCAGCAGCAGACGCUCUCGCUGCCGCUGCCGGGCGACACCCACGAGGCCGUGCACCGCAUCAACCAGGUGAUGGUGAAGGUGAGCGUGGCCCGCGGCCAGCUGGUGGCCCUGCUGAUGGGUCUGAGCGGCCGGGACAGCUGCGCCCACCUGUCGCGCAUCCUGACGGAGAUGCAGGUGGAGCUGGACGCGCUGGAUGUCUCCGGGAACACGGCGAUCAGAAACUACAGGAAGCAGGUUGUGGAGGAGAUAAACGGGCUGCUGAAACAUCUGGACCUGGAGGUGGAGGGAGAAGACACGCGCAGGUACGACUUGGCUCAGAACAACUCCAUCCGUGAGAUCGAGGCGGUGCGCGCUCACGUCUCCCACCUGCGAGACGGCGUCCUGCGUCACUGCGUGAUGGGCGACCUGAGCUUCAGGCCCAAAGCCGAGCUGCAGAGCCUCCUCACCCACCUGGACCAGGUGGACACGGCCAAGAACCCGUGCAUCCGGGAGGCCCGCCGCCGCGCCGUGGUGGAGGUCCAAGCCAUCAUCACCUUCCUGGACCUCCGCGAGGCCCUGGCCCGCCGCCAGCCGGGCCCCGGCGAGCACCCGUCGCACCGGGCCGUGUGGCUGGUCCUGGGGAGCCUCUCGGACCUCCAGGCCCAGGCGCUGGGCUUCGACGGCAAGCGGGUCGACAAGAGCUACAUUUUGCUGGAGGAGCUGCUGACCAAACAGCUGCUGGCGCUGGACGCCGUGGACCCGCAGGGCGACGAGACCACCAAGAUGGCGCGGAAGCAGGCGGUGAAGUUUGCCCAGAACAUUCUCAACUACCUGGACAUGAAGACGGACGAGUGGGAGUAUUGAUGCAUUUGGAAAAGAAUAAACAUCAUGGCGUGGCGGCCAUGUUGUUGAGGGGGGGACACCGGAUGGGACGUCGCUGCACGAAGGAAAAGGAGCUGAUAAUGUUUGUAAAUAAAACUAAAACAAAAACAAAACUGGUAAUCAUUCCACGGGCUGUAAAUAUUGACUCAAAUCCCCAGAAUGCACUGCAGCAGCGCUUUUUCUUUCGUCUCUAUUUGUAGUAGUUGUGGCCGAACCUGCUGAGAAGAACACAGAACUCCUUUUGUGAAACACUUUGAAUUUCUUUUGUGCGUUUGGACGAUUUUCUUUUUAAGAGUGUGUGUGUGUGUGUG